CCCCACCCGGAAAAAGGAUGCUCAAAGUAGGAAUGAAAAAGAAGAUGCAAGAAAAGUAUGCAACAAGUCUGAGACUAAAUCAACGUGGAACUCUACAAGGAAAAGGUAGAAAGAAAAGGGCAAUUAGCCAAAACUUAUAAAGGAAGAAAAAAGGGAAGCCUAGAUGGAUGAAAAUGUGUCCAUCUGUGAGGGCAUAUUUAGGCAAAACGUGGGAUUGCUGAUGCGCCUCGUAACUCAUCUCGAGUUAGUUCUGCUUGCUUAGGACCUAAGACAACGGAAGAACUAGAGACGAAAGCAAAACACGGCCAUUGCAUAUUCUUAACGACACCAGGAAGGAAUUUUAAAAGCCGUAUAGUGCUCGUUCCAGCUUUUUUCCGACAACCAAAAGGAACGCCUGACAAAAAUUGCCGAAGAUCAAACGAUCAGAAGUCAAUAGUUACAAGAUGGCAAAAGCAAAAUCGUUUUAUGGUAGAGAUCUUCCCGAAUUAUUGGUUGAUUAUCGUUCUAAUGAAUCUAAAGUUCGACUUCUUCGCAGUUUAUCAAAGGGAACAGCCGUUCCUUUUCUCUCUCUCUCCUCGUGCUUUAAUACCCAGUCUGAGCCGGCCUUUUGUGGACUGUCCACGCUUGCUAUUAUCUUAAAUUCACUGAGAAUCGACCCUCAAAGACUUUGGAAGACUCCAUGGAGGUGGUUUUCAGAGGAGCUUUUGGACUGCUGUCGUCCCUUAGAGGUCGUAAAGAAGGUUGGUAUCACAAUGGAGGAGUUUCAGUGUCUUGCACAUUGCAAUGGAGCAUUAUGCAAGUUAGUCAGGCCAAAACACGACGAAGAAGAUUUCAAAAUGUUUUCAAAGGCACUUUUCUGUGCUUGUACUGGAGGCAGAAACUUGAAAUGUGAGAAGAAAGACUUGAACUGCUAUGAACGAGAGAAUAUCACUUGCGAAAGUGAGAAUUUUGAUGAAGAGAAUCCAAGUACAUAUAUGGCAAUAUCAUAUAACCGCAAAGUCCUGAAUCAGACAGGCACUGGCCACUACAGUCCAGUCGCUGCCUAUGACGAGGAAUCUAACUCUGCUUUGAUUCUGGAUACUGCUAGGUUCAAGUAUCCACCAUACUGGGUUUCUUUGCAAGUUCUUUUUCAGUCUAUGCUUGCUGUAGAUGACACAACUGGGAAAAGUCGUGGUUAUUUCUUGGUUACUCCAAAAGAUGAAUUCCAAGGUAGACGUGUUUGCUGUGUUUGGAAAGAGCUACAGAGUAGUGAUGAGAAAAGUGAAAGGCAACUGGAUGAACCUCACCCAAUGUACAGCUUACAGAAGUUAGGUAUUUGUAAAUCCAAAGGAUCACAAGACAAGCUAGAAUCACAAGAUAAGCUAGAAUGAUUCAUUAUAGUUGACAUAUAAAUAAAGAAAUUAACCCCACCACAUGGAAWUUCAACAACAGCUGGACUGCAGUCAUCUAAAAUUUGUGCUAUUUACAAAGAAACAUAGGUAGGUUGUGGGUUGAUCAAACAUUUCUUUGUAAAUUCAAUAAGAUAUUUAAUAUUUCUAAAAAGGUUGCAGUUCAGCUGGUAAUUUUGCAAAGGUUGUCAAACUCACAAAACUAAUUUGAUCUGAUUUUUCUCAAUUGUAGUGAGGUGUAAAAAUAUUCAUGUUUCGUUAGUUAAUAAAGUGAUUUUAGACUCACAUCUUAUUUCUGAGAGGAAUUCUCCAAAGUUAAUAUGACUUUGUAUGUCCUGAUAGAAUACUUUAAAUGAUAGGGGUAUAGUCAUGUAGAAAUAGGGUACUUGUUUAUACACAAUAGUAUUAUAAAUACUCUCCCUGUUUAUGGAACCUUUUGAAUAGAGAUUUCUAUUACAUUUCCUUGAUAAAUGUAAAAAGAGAAGAUAUAUUACAUAUGGGAUAGAUGUACAGCAGUCACUAAAAACAGGAUAAAAAAAUCUAUAGAAAAGUCUCUCAGCAGAAAACCAUCCCCUGUUUGCUAAAGAAAUCAACGUAACUAGAUGCUAUUAGGGUGUUUUGUCAGGCUGCAUUACAGGGUAGUCACGUGAUAAAUGACGUCACAUCCUGUAAUUUUCUUUCAAGCAAUCAACAAAUGGUGAUAAAAAUCGUACCUUUUACUCUGAGGAGCUAGUUCCAGCUUGUUGAGCAGAAAGAUGGCGUUUAAUGCGAGGAAAAUGAAAAGAGGACUUUAGUGUUGUGCUUAUCCUGAGUUUGUUCUGAAAUUUAUUGUCAGAGUUGUACGUUUGCAACACAUGCAAGCACUUUUCAUAAGCAAAGACAGCUGCAUCUACGAUAAUAAUCUUUAUUACUUUACAAUGUAAAUAUCAUAACGAUACAUCGGAUAAAAUCGGCAAUAUUAGCAAUAUGCAUAAUACACCUAAUAGAUCUUCAAGAAAUUAUGGGAUAUCCAAAAGGCAAAAGCAAACAUAUUCAUAUAAAUGUAGUGCCGAAAAAUGUCUUUUCCUGAUAAUUUCUGUCUUCAUAAUUUGAAUUAAUGAUUUAAAAAAAAUUCAAAUGUGUCGAGUUUUUUUUAUUUAAUCCCAUAGCGUUUUUAAAGUCCUACAGUCUAUAAAGUUAUUGUUUAUUGCCCCCUGGGCAUCCUAUAGUUUCAAUUCACUAAACGCUGUGUUCAUAUCAUCAUGCAUAUUAAAGACGUAAAUUAUU